CACUAUUCCAGUUUCCUUCUAGCUACAAGUUGUGUCUUUUUUAUUAUAUUAGGUAACUGUCUAUAGGGAAAUCUUCACACUUAAGUGAAAAAAAUGGUCAGCCCCAAAUGAAAACAAAUCAGAAUCUAUUAAGAAGUCAAAGAGAGGAAUUCAAAGCACAUACAAGAAAUAGGGAGUAAUGUAAAAUAUAUGCAAUCUAAGAAAUUAGUGGUAUUAUAGUUCCCAAUUUUAAUGAUUAUUACAAAGACAAAAUGAUUCCUAAAGUGGGGAGUAAACGGCAUAAAAUUCUAUAGCAAAAUUUUUCAUUAUAUUAUUGAUACUAAAUUUUAAGUUUCUAGCUUUUCCACAGAUCACAUAGGACCCCAGAACUCCUCUACUACCUUUUGUUUCUGCCAAUUUAAACAUAAAAGCUAUUCAAGAUUUCACUGUUGACUACUUUUAAAAGUAGGACUAAUUGCUAAAGAAAUAUAUACAUAUAUUUCACAGCUUUUGCUUUCUUUAAUUACCCAACUUUACUCCGGGACAUCUCUCAGCUUUAUGAUUAUUAACAUCUGUGGAUUGGGAGCCAUCUCAAAUAUUUGAGAUUUCCCAAUUCACGGACUUUGGUUUCCUGUUUUUGCCUUUUACUGUGGCAGCUCAAGAAAAGUUUGCAGUUCUUUUCAGACAGAUUUCGAAAUGGGAAUUGAAUACAGUUUAGUUUUUCUUUCUGGUACUAUUGCACAAAAAUUCACCUGAAUGUUUAUUGUUGUUGUUUUAUUGACUUACUUUUAUUUUGUUCUUGCAUCUUAUAAAACUCUACAUUUACAAUGAAUACACUGGGAGAAAAGAAUUUGUUCAUAAUUAUUCAUUUGUCCACCCUGAGAGUUUUCCCAAGGCAGAAUAUGAAUUGCUUAACUCCAUCAGGGGAAAAAAAAAUCUGUUCUCCACUGUUCUGCCUGUUUAUGCUGAGUUUGGCAAAUUCACAGACGUGGUAAUCAUCAGUAAUGGAAAAAAAAUAGAGCUUUCUCAUACAAAUUUAACUGGGUUUUUGGUUGUUAUUUUCCUCUUUUUUUCGUUCUUUUCUCCAUCUUUGUCUCAUGAUGUCCGAUUGACCAGUUCCAUCUUCCUUGUUUACUAUUUCCUCUCUUCUUCACAGAGUUGAAAGGCCAAAUGGACAAACAGAGAGUUCUGUUAUUCCAGCCAAUCACAGGACAGUUAUUGCCCUGCAGAAUAGCUGGCUUACGGGGAAAAACACACACACAGAAAACAAAACAAGUUCAUCACGUGCUUGACUUAUUUAGGCACUACCGCUUUUCAGAAACCAGUCUGAGUAAGAACUGUUGGGAGUAGCCACCAGUUUAAUGAAUAAAUGAAGAAGCAGCAAAAAAGUUUUAAUUGUUGUACUAGACAAAAAUAGAACUGUGGUUUUGACUGUUUCCUGAGUACAUAUUCUAAUUUUUCUGACAUUUGUCUCUUGAUUUAUUCAGGGACUUCUGAAUUCAGAAAAAUUGAGAGAAAUUAUUUGGUCUUCCUGCGUCUUACAAUCAAGUUUCAAGUAAUUGGAGCCUGGAUUAUUAUUCUAUAUCCUAAUUCAUGGUUAAAAGUUGUUUCCUUAAAUCUGAAGGUGAAAUGAGCAUAAAACAGAUAAGUGUAUACCAGCAAACUCAAGCACUUCUGCGAAAGAAUUUUCUUAAGAAAUGGAGGCUGAAAAGAGAGAGCUCAUGGGAAUGGGGCCUCCCAAUACUUUUAGGACUGUAUAUAGGUCUGUUUUCAUUUUUUGGAGAAAAUAUGCUGUUUCCUGAAAUGCCUCCUCAAGAUCUUGGGAGGGUAGAUAAAUUCAAUAGUUCUUCUGUAAAGCUCGUGUACAUGCCAAUCUCUAACAUAACCCAGCAGAUAAUGAAUAAAACAACAUUUCUUCCCUUUAUGAAAGAAGAAAGAAUCAUUGGGGUGCCAAAUAAAGAAUAUAUGGAUAAAAUGCUGUCACAGAAUUUACCACAUGCUAUGGGAAUCAUCUUUACUGAUACUUUCUCUUACAAGUUAAAAGUUUUUCGAGGAUUUGAAGUUCCAUUCUUGAAGGAAGAUUUAUUCAGUCAUUGCUGGGAAGAAUAUGAUAAAUUUUCAUGUGCAUUGUCCAAAUACUGGAAUAAUGGAUUUGUGGCUUUACAAACUGUCAUUAAUGCUGCUAUUAUAGAAAUCACAACAAAUCACUCUGUGAUGGAGGAGUUGAUGUCAGUCACUGCUAUAAAUAUGAAGACAUUACCGUUUGUUUCUAAAAGCGUUCCUCAAAUUGGAAUCUUUAUUUUAUUCUGCUUGAUUUACUUCUUCCCAUUUAUAUAUUUUGUAUCACUUGAUGUUACUAAAGAAAGAAAAAAGCAUAAAAAUUUAAUGAAAACGAUGGGUCUACAAGAUUCAGCAUUCUGGUUGUCCUGGGGUUUGAUUUAUGCUGGCUUUAUCUUCAUUAUUUCUAUAUUCAUUACAAUUAUUGUAACAUCCAUCAAAAUUUUCAUCAUGACUGGCUUUGUGGUCAUAUUUACACUUUUGUGCUUAUAUGGCUUAUCUUUGGUUGCCUUAGCUUUCCUGAUGAGUGUGCUGCUGCGGAAAGCUGCCCUCACCAAUCUGAUUAUGUUGCUCCUUACAAUCUUCUGGGGAUGUGUGGGAUUCGUGGCAUUUUAUGUGCAAAUUCCUUCAUCCCUGAAGUGGAUUUUGAGUAUUUGGAGCCCUUUUACUUUUGCUGUUGGAAUGGCACAGAUUUUCCAGCUGGAUUAUAACUCUACUGGUGUAACUUUUCCUGACCCUUCAGGGGAUUCAUAUAUAAUGAUAUCAAUAUUUGCCAUGUUGGUUUUUGAUUGUUUUAUCUACUUAUUAUUGGCAUUAUACUUCGACAAAAUUUUACCCUAUGGGAACGAAUGUCAUUAUUCUCCAUUAUUUUUCUUGAAUUCAUCAUCUUGUUUCCAAAGCCGAAAAACUGAUAAUAAGGUCUUUGAGAAAGACACAGAUUCUGAGCUCCACUUUGAUGAUUAUUUUGAACCUGUAGCUCCUGAAUUCCAAGGAAAAGAAGCCAUCAGAAUCAGGAAUGUUAAAAAGGACUAUAAAGAAAAGUCUGAAAAAGUAGAAGCAUUAAAAGGCUUUAAUUUUGACAUAUAUGAAAGUCAAAUCACAGCAAUUUUGGGUCAUAGUGGAGCUGGAAAAUCUUCUUUAUUAAACAUCCUUAGUGGAUUAUCUGUUCCAACACAAGGAUCAGUUACUGUCUAUGAUAAAAACAUCUCUGAAAUGCAAGACUUGGAGGAAAUCAGGAAGAUGAUUGGUGUUUGUCCUCAAUAUAAUGUGCAAUUUGAUAUACUCACAGUGAAGGAAAACCUCAGUCUCUUCGCUAAAAUAAAAGGGAUUCAUCCACAUGAAGUGGAACAAAAGGUACGACAAGUUUUAUUGGAACUGGACAUGGAAAAUAUUCAGAAUAAUCUUGCUGAAGACUUAAGUGAAGGACAGAAAAGAAAGUUGACCUUUGGAAUCACCAUUUUAGGAGAUCCUCAAGUUUUGCUCUUAGAUGAACCAACUGCUGGACUGGAUCCCUUUUCAAGAUACCGAGUGUGGAGUUUCUUAAAAGAACGUAGAGAAAAUCAUGUGAUCCUCUUCAGUACUCAGUUGGUGGAUGAAGCUGACAUUCUGGCUGACAGAAAAGUGAUCAUGUUCAACGGCAGAUUGAAGUGUGCAGGCUCUUCCGUAUUUUUGAAGAGAAAAUGGGAUCUUGGCUAUUAUUUAAGUGUCUAUAAGAAUGAAAUAUGUGAUCAAGAACAAAUAACAUCUUUCAUUAAUCAUCACAUCCCUGACGCUAAAUUAAAAACAGAAAACAAAGAAAAGCUUGUGUAUACUUUGCCUUUGGAAAGGACAAAUAAAUUUCCAGAUCUCUUCAGGGAUCUUGAUAAGUGUUCUAGCCAAGGCAUGAUGAGUUAUGAUAUCUCUAUGUCAACUCUGAGUGAAGUCUUCAUGAAUAUUGAAGGGAAAUCAACUAUCAACCAAGGUUUUGGCCAUCUAGAAAUGAUGAGCAACUCAGAAAGCUUCAAUGAAAUGCAGCCAGCUUAUCCUUCUCUCCCUGAAGUACAGAAGCCUGUGAGUGACAUGGAACGCUGGAGGAUGCAAGUCUGUGCAAUAGCACGGCUUCGUUUCUUAAAGUUAAUACGUGAAAGAAAAACACUUUUGAUCCUGCUAUUGAUAUUUGGAAUGUCAUUAUGCCCUUUGAUUAUUGAAAGAAUAACUUAUUAUAUGAUGCAGCAGACUGUUGACUGGGAAUUUAAAACAGACUCGUAUUUCCUCUCUCCUGGACAACUUCCUCAAGACUUCCGUACCAGCCUGCUGAUCAUCAAUCACACAGAAUCAGAUAUUGAAGACUUUAUACAGUCACUGAAGCAUCAAAAUAUACUUCUGGAAGUAGAUGAUUUCAAAAACAGAAAUGGCACUAAUGCUCUUUCAUACAAUGGAGCUAUCAUAGUUUCUGGUAAACAAAAGGAUUAUAGAUUUUCAGUUGUGUGCAAUACCAAGAGGAUGCACUGCUUUCCUGUCCUUAUGAAUAUUAUCAGUAAUGGGCUACUUAGAAUGUUUAAUCAAACACAGUAUCUUCGACUUGAGCGAAGUCCACUUUCUUUGGAUAUGAUGGUUGUCUGGACUGGACUGGUAGAUGGCUCUCUGUUCUUACUGUUUGUUGUAUGCAGCAUUUCUCCUUACAUUGCCAUGAGCAGUGUCAGUGAUUACAAAAAGAAGGCUAAGCGUCAGCUAUGGAUUUCGGGCCUCUACCCUUCUGCUUAUUGGUUUGGACAAGCACUGGUGGACAUUAACCUCUUCAAUUUAAUUCUCCUUUUGGUGCAUUUAAUUGGUUACCUAAUAAGAAUUACAGACAAUUAUAUUUCAAGGAGAACUAUAUUUGGUAUGGUUACUACUACAUUUGGUUAUGCAGUUUCCCUUAUCUUCUUGACAUAUGUAAUAUCAUUUGUUUUUCGAAAGAGGAGAAAAUAUAGUGGUCUGUGGACAUUUUGCUUCUUUAUCUUGACUAGCGUGCUAGACAGCUUGAUAUGGGAAAAUUUCCACCUAACUACAAUAAUUUCUACCAUGAUAUUUGUUCCUUCAUCUACCAUGAAUGUGUUUCUAAUGUUUUUGUUAGAGAGAGCCUAUGCGCGCUACACAGACUCUGAAGAAACAAAGUUUGACUUGAGCGAAGCUGAACUUCUAGUAUGCCUAAUACCUUAUUUUCAGGCUUUACUAUUCAUUUUUGUUCUAAGAUGCAUGGAGCUAAAAUACGGAAAGAAUGUAAUGCGAAAAGAUCCGGUUUUCAGAAUUUCUCCCCAAAGUCCAGAAGCUCGACCAAAUCCAGAAGAACCUGGAGAUGAAGAUGAAGACGUUCAAGCAGAAAGAAUAAGAACGUCAACUGCUCUGACCACUUCAAACUUAGAUGAGAAACCAACCAUAAUUGCCAGCUGUCUGCACAAAGAAUAUGCAGGCCAGAAGAAAAAUUGCUUUUCAAAGAGGAAGAAGAAAUUAGCAACAAGAAAUAUCUCUUUCUCUAUUAAGAAAGGUGAAGUUUUUGGAUUGCUAGGACCCAAUGGUGCUGGUAAAAGUUCCUCUAUUAGGAUGAUAGCUGGGAUCACAAAGCCAACGGCUGGAGAGGUAAAACUGAAAGAAUGUGGUACAGCUUUGGAUGAUCAGGGAGAGGACAUGGUCACACUCCCGGGUUACUGUCCUCAGGAGAACGUGCUGUGGCCCAGACUGACAAUGAAAGAACACCUGGAGGUGUACGCUGCUGUGAAAGGACUCAGAAAAGGGGACUCUGCGGUUAUCAUUUCACGAUUGGUGAAUACUUUCAAACUGCAUGAACAUCUGAAUAUGCCGGUGAGAAACUUAGCAGCAGGAACCACCAGGAAGCUGUGUUUUGUGCUGAGCAUCCUGGGAGAUUCACCUGUUCUGCUUCUGGAUGAACCAUCUACAGGCAUAGAUCCAGCAGGGCUGCAUCAGAUAUGGCAAGCAAUUCAGAUGUCUGUUAAAAACAAAGACAGGGCCAUCCUCCUGACCACCCAUUACCUGGCUGAAGCCGAGGCUCUGUGUGACCGCGUGGCUAUCAUGGUGUCAGGAAGGCUGAGAUGCAUUGGCUCCAUCCAACACCUGAAAAGAAAAUUUGGCAAGGAUUACAUUCUACAGCUAAAAGUAGAGGAACCUUCUCAAGUGCCUUUGGUCCACUCUGAGAUUCUGAAAUGUUUCCCACAGGCUGCACAGCCAGAAAGGUACUCCACCUUGCUGACUUAUAAGCUGCCAAUAGGCAAUGUUUACCCUUUAUCUCAGGCAUUUCACAAACUGGAACAAGUGAAACACACCCUUAAUCUGGAAGACUAUAGCCUGUCUCAGUGCACACUGGAAAAUGUAUUCCUAGAGUUUUCUAAGGAGCAAGAGCUGGAAAAUGUUAAUGAAGAAGUUGAUGAAACCAUGAGAUGGAAACUCCUUCCUCAUUCAGAAGAGCCUUAAAACCUCAGGGUUUAAUUAAUAUUUGUUGGUGUCCUAUAAUCAUACUUUUUAUGUGAUAAUUAGCAAUAUGCAUAAUUUAAAAGAUCAUUUAAUAUCAAGAUGUAUUUUAUAUAUCUAGCCAAUCAAUGAGUGCAUUUUUAAAUUCUUCUUCUUAGGCUUAGGAAAAAUAGAAAGUAUACCAUAAAGGCAAUAUAAAAUAAUAGUAAUAUAUUACUAGAAUCACCCAAAGAGAAGAGCAUUGGACAUUGUGGAAAUAAAUUAUAAACUUAGCAUUUUUUGAAAUAUGACUUUCUUUUACCAUUUACAAAAACAUUCUCUUGUUGAAACAGUUAAAACAAGUGACAGGUAUAUUCAGUAGCCAUAAGCAGUGUGUCUAUUUCACCCUGGUUUAUGACAGUUUUAUGGAUUUUCUUUUACAUAUGAGAACAAUAAAAUAUUUUCCUCCUGAA